UCAAGCGCUGUCUAUUUCCAUUUGUGUCUUCCUGUGUCUCACGUCGUCUUGCGACAACAGAGCCUCUUUGUCCGCAUGCUUAAGCAACUCUUCUACGGGUGACGGAUUGCCAAAAGCCGCUGCCUCGUGCAGAGGAGUCCUUUUCUGAAACACCAGAGAAACCCAAGGAGCCAAGGCUCUCACUGUGUGCGACAAUGCACCUACCUUGGUCUUGUUUUUGGUCUUGAUGUUCCCUUCAGGAAGUAACAGACGAAUACACUCCGUGUUUCCAUUCGCAGCAGCAUGAUGCAGGGGAGAUUUUCCAUCCUGCCCAUCAGUGGCGUAGCCGUGAAUGCCAUGUAUUUACGAUGCAUCCUUCUGGAGGCGCCCACCUCAUCCUGUGUCCUGAUGAUGUGCAUGAUAUCGUUUUCACGAAGGUAACCAACUAUUUGCUCCAACACGAAAGCGCGGUUGGCGAAGACGGCCCUCUGUAGCACAGUGUCAUCAUGCUAAAAAGGAAGAAGAUCGUGGGCAAGUGGACAGAGCUAACAGAGAGUUCCCUCUCCCACCUGAUCAAUGUUCUCUGUGGAGGCCCGUGAGAUAGGUCGCGCCGCUAUUACCACAUCAAGCAUCGCAUCGACGUGUCUCCACCUGCCCUUCGCCAUUGCACAUUGCAGGGGCGUCAGCUUGAGGGAGCCUUUGCAGCUGAUGCUCUCGGGCGUAGAGAGAAGGCGUGUGACGUCAAUGGCCUCAUCAUCAAUAGACAAGUGAAGCGCUGUGCUGCCAUCCUGACACAUGCAAUAACCCACAGUGGCUCAGGAUGGAAGGCGGAUUUCAUUGACAUCACCUUUCUCGUCGCCAAGAGAAGCUCCCGCGACAGCAGUGAAGCUUCAGUGAUGCUGUUCACCAUUGCCGGCUGACGACUGAGUGCAGCCAGAUGCAGAACUGUUUGCCCCGCCUGAAGAGGAUCAAAUCAAUGAAAUAGAUGCGCGUCGACUUUGUGCGUGUGACGACGUUGUCUUGGAUCGCCAAGGCGGAUGGAUCCGCGGCUUCGAUGAGGACAUUGGUCACGGCGGCAUUUCCAACCUGCGCAGCCGCAUGAAGCGGCGUCUUGAGGACCUGCAAUGGCAACAAUCCAAUGACACAAGGGGGAAGCAAGGCCCUCAGGGGAGCUCACGUCGUCUUGCUUGGAGAUGUGAUGACUGAGGCCGAGCGACAAGAGCGAGGCAACGACAUCUUCCCUGUCCAU